AUGUCAUCGUAUCCUUACCUACUAUUUUUUAUUAUUUUGAAUCGAUUAUCUGUUGUUCAUCUGCAAACACAUCGUACAUUAUCAUCAAAUAUGAAUUGUGUAACUAUUCCAUUGGCAACAUUAUCAUCAAGAAGUGAUGAUAAAUUUUCUCAAUUGAAACACUUUACAUCAUGGCAUUUCAAUUCUAAUUAUACAUCUUCAUGCGGAAAAUUUGACGUACGAUCUGUGAAGACACUCUAUGCAAAAUCAAUAACUACAUUGGUUGGAAGUCUUUGUUCAAUUUUACAAUCACGUUCAAUGCUAUUGAUUUAUUCAAAUGAACAUAUCGAAGAACAUCAUGCAUCACCAGCUGCUUACUUAUUUCUUCUUAAACUUUUCACAUUACUGGAUUAUCCAUUAUUGACGUUUCAUUUUUUUCAUCCAUUUCAUCCUGCAAAUUUUCCUAGUUUACGUUUCUUUCAGUUGGCACCAACUUAUCGACAAGAUGCUCGAGCUUUGAUAUUAUUAAUGGAACGAUAUGAUUGGAAUGCAUUUUCAUUAAUUAUUGAUCCACGUCUUCCUGGCGAAGAAGAACUUAUAGAUGAAUUUGAAGAACAUAAUAGUGAAUCAAAAUAUUGUCGACAAACGUCAUGUAAUCGAAACUAUCUCAAAGAUCAAAAAAAAUUAACAGUUCUUUCAGUUAUUCGUAUCAACAGCAUUAAUCCAAUACAUAUCAAACAGCAAAUAUCCAUGAUGAAUCCAGAAACACGUGUAAUUAUUAUUCAUGCAACAUCAACAAUGGCAUCACUCGUUGUCAAACAAGCAAGCAAUAUGAGUCUCACAGGACCAGAAUACAUGUGGAUUAUGUCGUCAAUUGUACUUUCUACAUAUAGUAGUGGAAAUGAACCCAAAAUGAGUCCAUAUGAUAAUCCAAAUCGGCGAAAAAUGAAGUUUUUCGCUGGUACAUUAGCUUUAUACCACGAUGUUACGAGGGAUUCUUUUCUUGCUCGUUUCGAUAAACACAUUGUACCUAUAUUGAUAAAUGCAUUUUCUAAAAUAACACAUUUGGAUGUCAUGAGACAAUGGUAUACUAAUGAAAAAAAAUCAAGUCAUCCUUCAUUACAAUAUGAAUCAGUGUGUGAUGACAUAUUUGCAAUUAAUAAUUCAUUGAAUCAGCCAGCUUUGAAACAUAGGAUUCCAAGUCUUUAUAAUUUAUUAAAAGAUGAAUUUAAACGAGCACAUGGAAUUUUUCAACCGGACGGUUUAACUUUGACAGCUAAUUAUUCGAUAUUAAAUUUUCAAGUACCCAAUAAUGAAUGGAAAAAAGUUGGCGAAUAUGUAAAUAGUACAGUAACAAUAGCCGAUAUUCAAUGGCCAGGUGGCCGGUCAAAACCACCACCAGGCAAACCUGUUAUCUAUUAUUUGAAAGUAGUAACACUAGAAGAACAUCCAUUUAUCAUGCUCAAAGACCCAUCUAGUGAUGGAAAAUGUCAACCUGGCUCUGUUAUUUGUCGCAUCGGACCAGAAAAUUCUGGUGCCAAUCAUAGUGAUCCAGAGCAUUAUCAAUGCUGUUCAGGAUUUUACAUUGAUAUAUUUAAUGUAUUAAAAGAUCGACUUAAAUUUGAAUUCGAACUUUAUCAAGUUCUUGAUCGUACAUGGGGUGGACGAAAUUCAAUAACCAACAAAUGGAAUGGCCUUGUUGCUGAACUUCUUGAAAAUCGAGCUGAUUUAACAUUAACUUCAUUGAAAGUAACUACGGAACGCAAUGCUGCUAUUGAUUUUAGUAUCCCAUUUAUGGAAACAGGCAUUGGUUUAGUUGUUUCUUUAAGACCAGGAGCUAUAUCAACUACCGCUUUUUUGAAACCGUAUGAUUAUCGUAUUUGGAUUCUUAUGUUAUUGUUUACUCUUCAUGGUGUUGCAAUUAUGGUUUUUCUAUUUGAAUAUUUUGAAAAUAGAUGGACUAAUGAAGAUUUUGAUGAAAGUACGGAUGAAGUGGUAAAAGAAAAUCAUAAAGAAAUAUAUUCAUACAUGAAACAAUUUAUGAAGAGAAAUAUUUCUCAAGGAAUCAAAGCAGUAAAAUCUGGAGAAUUAAAUGCAUUUCUAUACGAUGCAGUUGUGCUCGAUUAUCUAAGCGGACAAGAUGAUGAAUGUAAAUUACGUGUCGUUGGAAAUUGGUACGCCAUGACUGGUUAUGGUAUUGGAUUUCCAAAACAAUCAAGAUUCAAAGAGAUGAUCAAUAAAGAGAUUAUUGAAAUGCAUCAUUCUGGUGAAAUCGAACGCUUUCGACGAUUUUGGUUUACAGGUGCUUGUCGAGCGAGUAUGAAUCAUCAAUCGCAAAGAAGCAGCCAACCUCUUGCAGCACGAAAUUUUAUAUCAGCAUUUUUACUUCUUCUUGGUGGUACUCUUAUCGCUGCUAUUAUUCUGCUAUGUGAAAAUGCUUAUUCACGCAUUUUAGUUCGAUCUAAACAUGUUGAAGAACACAAUGCAAUUAAUAAGAAUCAUACAGGAUAUUCGCCUAUGUUAACAAUUAGCAAUAAAUUCAAAUCUAGUCCGCGUGAGCAAUUGUUGGAGAGACGUAUUGAAAAUUUACAGGAACGCAUUCGCGAAUUAGAACGAAGAUCGGCAUCACAAUAUUCUUUACGAAUCAGCGAGGAAAAUAAUGAAGAGCCAACUAAACCAUCAUUUUUGGUAUUACCAGUAACUUACAUUCCUGUUCGAGAAGCUUCACCUAAACUGGAAAUUGUUCCGUGUAUGUCGAAGUAUCAAUCUCAAACACCAUUAUUACUUGUUGAAAAAUCGAGAAAUCAAAUUCAUGAGACAGUUGUUUGA